AUGCCGGAAAGAACAAAAGGAAUCCAUAAAAACAGCAACAAAAAUGAUAAUAAAAUAAAAAAAUCCCAAAGAGCUAUCAACAAGCACCUUACCAGUGUGAUUAAUAAUAAAGUUAUAAAAAGUACCAACGCUCAACUAAAUAUAGAUACUAAUGCACCAACAAAAUUACAUGAUACUGCUGCUAACACCCCUAUAGAGCUUAGUUUGCAGGACCUACUAAUGAGCAAAGAAAAACUUUUGGUAAUGUAUAAAAAUAAACUACAAGAAUUGUUAACUAAUUUAAACAACACACAUGAUAACGAUGCUUCUAAUAUAUUAAAAAUUGAAUUGGACUUUACCAGAUUGAAGUGGGAGAUGCUUAGAAAUCUAAUAUCACCAGAAAAGACAAUGGAAACUCAAGUCCAUUUAUUUAAUUAUGAUAAUAAAGAUUCAUCGGAUAACGAGUACUUAGACCCUCAGGAAGCUAUCAAGUAUUUUAAAAAAAAAAUUGAUGAACACAAGUCACCUCCACAAAAACAUUUAAAAUUGCAGCAUGAAGAAGUUGACGAAAAAUAUAAGGAGGGUUGA